GGGUGAUUUUGCAAUUUUCUCCAUACAGAAUUACAGACCACAGAGCCUCACUUUUGUUCAGUUUGUUAAACAGUUCGCAAUGUUCGGACGAACAGAUAACAAAGGUUUGCGAUUGUGGUAGCUGCCGACCGUCCUCCAUAUGGAGUUUUUCUAUCAUCUUAGACUAUAGGCUGUGUCAAUAAAUGUUCGCCGACUCAUUCAGAUUAUUUUUUGAGGCUGUGACCAUUAAGGGCAUGGAACUAAUUUUAACGAUCUGCAAUUUUCUCUGCUUCCAAAGGUGCAAUCUUUUUCCUUCAAGGGUUCGAUUAUCUUUUGAAUAAAUUCGAGAAGAAUUUGAAAAAGCCCUCUUCGAAUUGGAUGAUGGUUUGUGUAGAAGGAUGUAUAUGGGAGGAUCCAGUUUAAAACUGGUUUCGAUUUGGAUUCCCGAGAAGGCCAAAUCCCUUACCUUCCUGAUUAGGUAACAUAUCAUCAGUCUAUUUAUUUAUUUGCAUAGUUGUUGAAUUUGUAUGCUUUUUAUUUAUUGAGUGAUGAAGACAGCAACUGUAGCAGUUGUUUGUGCUUAUCAUUGUUGUAAUAAUAGUCGAAAGAUACAAAGAAAAAUAAGCUGGGGGGAGAAGAUCGUGAAGAGGAUUUUGGGUAAAAGGCGAUCAAAACAUCGCCGCAGUAAGAAUCUUCUUUUGAAUAAAACUAGGGGGGAAGGAAGAACAUUUCCUCCAAUCUCAAGGUCCUCUUCAACAGCAAUACAAGCCCAAACUCCAGUAAUGGAACUAACAGAUGACUUGGUGGUGGAAAUUUUGACAUGGCUUCCGGGUAAGGAUAUAGGACGUUGCAAGUGUGUGUGCAAGUCGUGGCGAUCAAUAAUUCAAAGUCGUGAAUUUUUAGAGGCUUACCAGAGUCGACAACCCGGGUUGGUACUGUGUUCCACCGAAGUAGUUGACUCAUCGGCAAGGAAAAACAUACAUGAUUGUAUUCGACUCCGUUUUUUUUAUUCCACUCUUUGGAGGAGUCAGCUUAAGGAGCCCAAGGAAGACUUCAGUUGCUUAUACGAAGUGAGUCUUGACUCUUGCCUGGAUGGAACGACACAAGUUGUCAAUGGUCUCAUCUGUGUUUGUGAAGAUAAUCGGAUAUUGAGCCUGCAUAACAUUUGUACAGGACAGAGGAUGAGUCUCCCAGGCCCUCUGUGUUGCGAUUCCAUAUCAACGUUUCAUCUCGGGUAUGAUCCAGUUAAUAGGGUAUACAAAUUAUUGAAAUUGAUGAUGGGAGAAAUAUUAGAAGCGGAGAUAAUGAAUUUGAGACCUUCCACUGAAUUAUCCUCAUGGAGGAAGCUGGACUAUGAUGCAUCUGGUCUAGCUGAUUUGCUGUGGGAAAAUGCUCCUUGUAUUGAUCCCCAACAGAUGAAGCGAAACUCCCAUAUACCUGGUGCCAAAACCUUUGCUAUGGAUGGGUUCCUGUAUUGGUACCUAUGGCCGCAAUUUAUGUUUUCUUUUGAUCUCAAUAAAGAAAAGUUCCAAUGGAUAAAGAUCCCGAAAGACCUUGUUUUGUUGUCAGACUCUCCAUGUUGGUAUUGGAAGUUUGUUCAGUGGAUGGGGCGCUUGGCUCUUUGGGUUCCUCCUGGUAUAGAUAAUGGCCUGAGGCUCUUUGUGUUAGAAGAUGGGGAAGGUAAAAGAUGGAGUAAGAUCUGUCUCCCAGUGCCCAAAUGGCUUCAUGACGGUAGAACCAUUGCAACAGGAAACCUUGUUACAGGUGAGCUGCUAUUGAUAAAUCCUUUAAGGGUGAUUCGGGACAACCACAUGCCUGUAUUGUCUUAUAAUCCUCACACAAAAAAAGUUGAUGGGUUCAGGAUUGGCAAGCUCCCUUUAAAUGAUCUCAAGUUUCUUACUGGGGAGUAUCCUCAUCCCGUUGCUCGGGGCAUUCGUCGAAGUCGUCACCGGCACUUUUGUUUGGCUUGGAUAUCAUGUUUACAAGAUAAUCGUUUUACACCAUUAGAUGAUGUGUUAAGUGGUGCAGCAGCUCAUGAGAGCUGAAGUAAUUAUGGAGUGCCUGCCCCUGCUACUCUCUUUAACAUGCAUGUGUAUAUGAUUUGGGCGUCUAUCUUGUGAGCAGUCUUUUCUUGUUUCACUUUAAACUUUCAGUUUGAUUGAACGUUCCUGGAUCCGAAUAAGGUUGUGACUUGUGAGUUGAUCCUCUCCAUGUUAUUUAUUUUCGUGGAUGCCGCUUCAGUUGUUCUAUUGAUAUAUUUGCACCCUCCUUUUUAGUGUUUGUUUCUUUGAUGUUAUUUUGGGUUCGCCACAUGAGUUUGUUAUUAGGAUUCUCUGAUGGUUUCUCGUGAGUGGAUCGACGAAACUGCAAACCUAGCAACCACUCUUCAUUACAUGUUCCCAAAUGCGACAUGCACUAGGUACC